CAAGUUCCUCAAAAUCUAGACUCAAGUAGAAAUUUCGAUAAAAUUACAAAAAAUAACAUUCAAAAAAAGUAAUUUUAAAAAAAAUUCUAGUAAAUUCAUAAACAAUAGCUAUAAUUUGUGCUUUUGCUUUUCUCACAUUUUCUCACAUAGAUCUUAAUAAAGGUUGUUUUCGAUCUUCAUUUAAUGUCCUUGUUUAAACGAUUCAAGACAAUGGAAGGAGCUGCGAUGGAUAUGGACAUUGAUGCUAUUGAAAAGCAGGAUUUUGGUUCCGAUUUGAUGCACGGUGGUCGAAUUGGAAGAGAUCACCUUAUGUCAAUCCUCGAUGGAAUCGAUCGUGAAGUUGAAGGACUUCGAAAACACGCCAGAAAGCUCCAAGAGAAGCGUGAUGAACUUAAUACACGCAUAGAUAUGCUAAGGACUGACUUCCUUGUACCACAAAUUGAUGACAUGGACCAAGAAGAGAUGCAUUUUCAUCUAAAACGUGUCAACGAUCGCCUUCAAACUGUCAACAUUAAUGUCCAUACAAUCCGUGAUGAUUCACAAGUCGAAUCUGUUCAUGUAAUUAAUAAUUUAAUUGAUGAAGUCAUCAAAUUUGGUGAUCCAAUUGAAAAGAGAAAAAAGUGUCAACAAUAUUUAAAUUCAUGCUCAUCUUCGGAAAUAAUUUUUAAUGAUGACGGAAGUUCGACAGUUUUAAUUGAUAAAAGAUUCGAGACUCAUUUGCUGUCGUGUAAUUUGGAUGACCAGAAAAUGAUACGAAAACGUUUGGAAGCCUUGAUGAUGUACAUGAUGAAGCAAAUGGUGUCUGAGUGAGGAAGUAGUAAAGAACUAGAAGUGGAUAAAAUUAUUGAUAAAAUGAGGUCACUUUCUGGUUCUUAAAUGAUUUAAAAUGA